CAACAAAGUAUAUAGCAGUUUGCAUGUUAAAAGAAAGAAUGCUACAAUUAAGUCCACUUGAAUUCUUCUUCUUCUUCGUGGGAGCCAUUCCUUGGUGUUCUCCAAGCAUGGGCGUCAUGGGAGUAAUUCUAGAAGGACUAUGUCAUAAACCCGCACUUACUACUGGACUUGCUAUUGACUUAUAACAUCCUCGCCGAUAUGGUGCCCACUUGAGGAGACAGUGUGACUUCCCGCUUCCAAAUGCCUCCGUUGCCGCUCGCCUCCACCCUUCUGCUCCUGCUCGCCAUCCUGUCCUCGUCGUCGCCAGCCGCCGGACAGCGCGAUGGCCCCGCCACGGGCACGUCCAGGUUCCGCGAGGCGCCUCUGUUCUACAACGCACCUUCGUGCCCGGCGCCCCUGCCUCCGGGGCCCGACUCGGCCUGCUCCCCUGACGCGCUGGUGCACGUCGCCAUGACCCUCGACGUCACCUACCUACGCGGCUCCAUGGCGGCCGUCCUCUCUGUCCUCCAGCACACCGCCUGCCCCCAGUCGAUCUUCUUCCACUUCGUGGCCACCUCCGCCGCGGGCUACCUCAGCGCGACCGUCGCAGGGUCCUUCCCCUCCCUCGCAUUCCAGAUCCACCCCUUCGCCGACGAGCCGACCGUCGCGGGGCUCAUCUCCACCUCCGUCCGGGCGGCACUCGACCGGCCCCUCAACUACGCACGCUCCUACCUCCCCCGCCUCAUCCCGCAGUGCGUCCGCCGGGUCGUCUACCUCGAUUCCGACCUCGUCCUCGUCGACGACAUCGCCGGCCUGGCAUCCACCCCGAUCCCCGACGGCGUCGCGCUCGCGGCUCCCGAGUACUGCAACGCCAACUUCACCUCCUACUUCACGCCCACCUUCUGGGCCAACCCGGCGCUCUCCGUGGCCUUCGAGGCCCGGCGGGCCUGCUACUUCAACACCGGCGUCAUGGUCAUGGAGCUCGGCCGGUGGCGCGACGGCGGGUACACGGAGCGGAUCGAGGAAUGGAUGGAUCUCCAGAAGCGGAUGCGGAUCUACGAGCUGGGCUCACUGCCACCGUUCCUGCUGGUGUUCGCGGGUCGGAUCGCGGCGGUGGAGCACCGGUGGAACCAGCACGGCCUCGGCGGCGACAACUACCGGGGGCUGUGCCGCGACCUCCACCCGGGGCCGGUGAGCCUGCUGCAUUGGAGUGGCAAGGGCAAGCCGUGGGCGCGCCUCGACGGCGGGCGCCCGUGCCCGGUGGACGCCAUCUGGGCGCCCUAUGACCUCCUCCUCCGCACCGCGAUCCCCAUCGACGACUCCUGAUCCGACCCGGAUCCACCAUGAUCGACCAACCCCACCCGAUCCGACCCGAAACUUCACCUCUUCCCUUCCAUGUCACCAUGACCUUCUUCUCUCCUUUCCUGAGGAAGUGUAGAUUACUUAAGCCUUUCUUAGUCAAAUGUAGAUUACUUAAGAAGCCAUAUAUAACUAAGAUU